AUGAACGCAGAUGCAGACCCCGUGGUCAUUGUCUCCGCGGCGCGGACCGCCAUCGGCUCCUUCAAUGGUUCCUUAUCUUCUGUUCCUGUCCAUAAUCUAGCCGGAGCUGUCAUCGUAGAAGUCCUGAAGAGGGCCAAUGUGGCUCCAGCUGAUGUGUCAGAGGUCAUAUUUGGACAUGUUUUAACAGCAGGUUGUGGGCAGAAUCCGAUACGACAGGCCAGUGUAAUGGCUGGAAUCCCCUACAGUGUUCCAGCAUGGAGCUGCCAAAUGAUCUGUGGGUCAGGCCUGAAAGCCGUGUGCCUGGCGGCCCAGUCAGUGGGGACAGGAGAGUCCAACAUUGUGGUCGCAGGAGGCAUGGAAAACAUGAGCAAGUCUCCUCACAUGGUCCACUUGAGAGCAGGAAUAAGGAUGGGCGAGACUCCUCUCCUCGAUAGCAUACUCUGUGAUGGGCUCACAGAUGCAUUUCACAACUAUCACAUGGGCGUUACAGCUGAAAACGUAGCCAAAAAAUGGAAAGUCAGUCGGGAGGAACAAGAUAAAGUCGCGGUCAUGUCCCAGAACAGGACAGAGCGUGCUCAGAAAGCUGGCCAUUUUGACAAGGAGAUUGUACCUGUGUCGGUACCUUCUCGAAAAGGUGUUACUGAAGUUAAGACUGAUGAGUUUCCUCGACAUGGGAGCAACUUAGAAGACAUGUCCAAGCUGAAGCCUCACUUUCUUUCCGAUGGGACGGGAACAGUCACUGCAGCUAAUGCUUCAGGCAUGAAUGAUGGUGCUGCUGCUGUGGUCGUGAUGAAGAAGUCGGAAGCUCUUCGUCGUGGGCUGAACCCUUUAGCACGGAUUGUGUCCUGGUCACAAGCAGGUGUGGAUCCUUCCAUUAUGGGAACAGGACCAAUUCCAGCAAUAAAGCAAGCUGUUGCAAAAGCAGGUUGGUCACUACAGGAUAUUGAUGUAUUUGAAAUCAACGAAGCCUUUGCAGUCCUCUCUGUUGCAAUAGCUAAAGAACUGGGAUUAAGCCCAGACAAGAUCAACAUCCAAGGCGGGGCCAUAGCCUUGGGCCAUCCCCUGGGAGCAUCUGGCUGUCGGAUCCUGGUGACCGACCUCCACACCUUAGAGAGAACUGGAGGGACCCGUGGUGUUGCUGCCCUGUGCAUAGGGGGUGGGAUGGGCAUAGCAAUGUGUGUUCAGAGAGGAUAG